AUGGCCAGUUGGAGCAUCUGCUCUGAGAGGAGAUGGUUGGUGCCAAGGGAAAGGAGAGCAGGGGACCUGAUCCUCAACGAGGGUAGGGUUGGAUGGCAAAAGAUCUCAGAGCUUGGUAUCUAUCCUGCUGUCGAUCCUCUUGAUUCAACAUCUCGUAUGCUUUCCCUCCGUAUUUUAGGACAAGAGCACUACAAUAUUACUCGUGGUGUCCAAAAGGUUCUCCAGAACUACAAGAAUCUUCAAGAUAUUAUUGCAAUUUUAGGAAUGGAUGAGCUCAGUGAAGAUGAUAAGUUGACUGUGGCUCGUGCCCGUAAAAUUCAAAGGUUCCUGAGUCAGCCAUUCCAUGUUGCUGAAGUGUUCACAGGUGCUCCUGGAAAAUAUGUUGAAUUGACGGAAUCCGUUGCCAGCUUCCAGGGUGUUUUGGAUGGGAAAUUUGAUGAUCUUCCCGAACAGUCAUUUUACAUGGUGGGAGGAAUUGAGGAGGUCAUCACCAAGGCUGAAAAGAUUGCCAAGGAGUCUACGACCUAAUGGGCUGGUUUUCCUGUUUUAAUGAAUAAUUUGAUUGAUAAAGUCAAAGCCUGUAUCCAAAUUUGCAUUUUUGAGGUCACAGCUAUUUGGCUUUCCAUUUUCGUUUUGACAGGAUUGUGUUAGUUUCAGGAAAAGAGCGAUGGCUGGCCCUCAGGGGCGCCUCUUUUUUAUGUGAAUAAAAAAGAAGCGGACAUGUUCAUAA